AUGACAAGUGCAAGCGAUUUAAAUAUUAACAAAGAAACUUCUACAAAUGAAGAAGGAAAAACAACGAUAGAAGAAACAAAAGAAAAAUCGCCAACUAAAAUUAAUACAAAAAAUGAAGAAGAAACAGCUGUUGUUAUUUCUUCUGGAGAAGCAAAUGUAUCAAAAGAAGACAAACAAAAGAAUAUUGAAAAGACCGAAAAUGAUGAUGAAAGAGAAAAACAUGAUGCUUCAUCUAAAUCAGAAAGUGAAAUGAAAGAAAAUGAACUUGAUGCGCCGCCACUUUUUGAACAACCAAUUAUUCUUAAUGGAAAACGUUCAAGAAAACCAACAUUACGUCUCGAAAUAUCUGAAUCAAUACCAACAAAAAAAGAAUUACCUAUUCCUCAGACUCGAAUGAGUUUUGCAUAUCCUGAACAACUUUCAGGCCGUUCACUUGUUGCUACAAAGAUACUGCACGGCAAUGGUAAACCAUUAGGUGAAAUCGAAUAUAUUAAUUAUCAAAUAACUCAUGGUUCAACUGAUGCUUUAUCUCGAAUGCGUAGUAUUUGUUUUGGUCGACGAGGAAAUAAAGCAAAUAUUCGAAAAAAUCUUCGAGAAUUUAAAGGUUUUGAAUUUCAACGUAAUAGUGAUGAAUAUCAAAAGCAUUUAAAUAAUUUAAUAAAAUUAAAAAAAGAUCAAUUAAAAUCAAUUUCGAAUAUUCUUGGUUUACCAGCAACGGGUCGUAAUACUGAUCAUGCUGAACGAAUUUUAAAUUUUUUAAUGGAACCAAUUGAUGAAGGAAAACGUAUACCAGGAAAAAAAUCAACAAUACGUAGUAUGAAAAAACGCAGUACUAAUUCAAAAGAAUCUAUUGAUGAUGAUCAAGAAACAAAAAAUGAAAAAAUUGAAAAUAGUAAAAGUCAACAUGACUUAGAUUAUGUUUAUAAACCUGGAAAAAAAUCGUCAAAUAAACGUGCAUCUAAUCAUCAAAUGCCGACUAAUACUAAACGAAAAAAAAGUGCAUCUGCCAUAUCAGAAUCUAAAGAAAAUCAAGCAACGAAUAAUGUUGCGAAUGAACAUAAAAAUAAAGGUGAAGAAAUAGUAAAGUGUCAAAGCACAUUUUGUCUCAAAUGCCGUUAUCAGUGGCAUCCACAUCAACAUUGUUCUGACUUACUUACGCCAAAUGCAAUGGAAAUUGAAUCAAAUAUAAAACGUUGUCCAAGAUGUCGUUUUCCUUUAGAAUGGACUGCUGGUUGUGCACAAAUAAUGUGUAUUAAUUGUAACCAUAUGUUUUGUUGGUAUUGUUUAAAAUCUUUAGAUAAUGAUUUUUUCCUAUUACAUUACGAACGUGGUCCUUGUCGAAAUCGACUUGGUCAUUCUCGUGCAUCAUUAUUUCUUCAUCGCCUCAUAAUCAUUAGUUUAUUUAUUGUUUUUAUUAUACUUUUUAUUAUAUCUGCACCAUUACUUAUUUUAAUUGCACCUUUUCUUAUUUGUUAUCGAUAUAAACAAAUGAAAAAUUAUUUUAAUUAUUUGACUGAAUGGAGACAAAAUUUUCGACAACAAAAUACAUCAACAAUAGAUCGAUCAUUAUCAUCAGUUAAUAUAGAACAGCAACCAAUUACUCCUUCCCUUCCAUCGUUGAACAUCAAUAAAUGUAAUAACUCUGAUCCGAUGUAUGAUAUUUCAUCUGUUUAA